AUGGCAAGUAGUAAUACUCCCUCAUCAUUAUUAUCACCACCGCCACCACGUAUCCGUGACAUCCUCCCCAAACUCCGCAUCGGCCGCUACAUCCCAGGACCCAACAACUCCCUAACCGUGUCCCUGGUGUCCUGCCAUGCAAUCAACACAGGCGUAACCACAAUCCUACCACGUCGUGACUGGUUCAAUUUCGGCUGUUAUGCCAGCUACUUCCGCUUCAAUGGAUCUGGCGAGAUGACUGGUUCGCACUGGCUUGAUGAGACGGGUUUAUUGAGCUCACCGAUUAUACUCACAAACUCAUUCUCGGUUGGUCCGUGCUAUACGGGGAUAUUCGAGUAUGCUGUUCGAGAGUAUAGGGAUAAGGAAACAGGACUGGUGGAUUGGUUCCUGCUGCCUGUUCUGGCUGAGACGUGUGAUUUAUUUCUGAAUGAUAUUGGUACCAUGGCUGUUACGUCAGAUAUGGUUGUUAGAGGAAUUGAUCUGGCCAGUUCUGAGCCCGUGAAAGAAGGUAACACCGGUGGUGGGACGGGGAUGAUGUGUCAAGGCUUCAAGGGAGGUACAGGCAGUGCUAGUAGCGUCAUUGAUGGCGUGGCUUUUGGUGCAGAGACGACGUAUACUGUCGCUGCUUUGGUGCAGGCUAAUUACGGCGCAAAGAGGGAUUUGCAUUUUGGUGGAGUUCCUGUUGGACGAUUGAUUGAGCAGGAAGAAGCUGCUGCAGCAGCAGCAGAGGAAGAUGUAAAGAAAGCCAAAGAUGGAAGUAUCAUCGUAGUCAUCGCAACCGACGCACCGCUUCAUCCAACUCAGCUCCAGCGUCUAGCUAAAAGGGCCACUGUCGGACUAUCACGGGUAGGAGGAUGGGGCUCAAAUAGUUCGGGGGAUAUAUUCAUUGCUUUUAGCACGGCCGAGCAGAUCCCGCGAGCUCCAGAUUUUAGUUGGAAGGCAACUGUCGAACAGAAAGUAUCUGUUGUACAGGAUGUGACGAUUAAUGCUCUGUUUGAAGCAGCAGCUGAUGCUACAGAAGAAGCGAUUUAUAAUGCUUUAGUAGGAGCUCGGGAUAUGGAAGGUCCUCGGGGAGUAGUUGUCAAGGCGUUGGAUCAUGAGAAACUGAAAAGUAUCAUGGAAAAGUACCUAUAG